GCGUUCGUCUGGUAUAUAGACCGCCUGUCCCUCUCGCGUUGCGCCCUUCGUCCUAGGUUUCGCGACCUGGUGGCCGAAUCGGGAGGCCCCGGCUGUGACGUGCUGUGCGGUAGGCGAGGCGGCCUGCUGCGCAAGCUGUGCUGGCUGGUGGUGGUCACCCUGCUGGUGGGUCAGUGCGCCCACGAGUGCCUGAUGGUGUUCAGCGAGUACGCCGGCUUCCCCGUGGCCACGAGCUACAGCUCCGAGCAGGGCCUCGCCGUGGCCUUCCCGGCCGUCACCGUCUGCAACGCCAACCCGCUGCGGAGGUCCCGUCUCUGCGCGGCGCAGGCCUCGCUUCGCGGAAGCAAGGGCGCGCCCGAGAAGGUCUUGGAACGAAACUGCGCCGACAACAGCACUUACGACGACCCCAAUGGCGCUGACGACGACCUGUCCCAGCAGCUGCAGGUGUGGAUGGCCCAGAGGAACAAAGAGGAACGCAGCACCGUUCGACGUCUCUUUCGUCUCGGUCACCAGCUCGGGGACACCGUCGUGCAUUGCCGCUACGCGCGACGAAACUGCACCGACACAAGGUUCUUCAGCAUGACAUUCGACUCGAACUACGGAAACUGCUUCUGCUUCCACUGCGGCUUGACUGAAAAGAAGAAUGAAGAGUUUUACCUGUACCAGACGGCUGCAUCUCCCGAAGACGGGCUGGACCUCGUGCUGGACGCGCAGGCGCACGAGUACCUGCCCACCUCGGUGGAGAUGGGCUUCGUGGUCAUGGUGCACGGACACGGCUUCCGUCCCGUGCUCUGCAACGACGCCGUGUUCGCGGAGCCCGGAUACGUGACCUACAUCAGCCUCGCCAUGGAGAAAAGGACAGCACUUCCGGAGCCGUACCAGUAUCCGUGCCGUAGCCGUUGGCCGCACCCUUUGAGGGGAUUCAGCCUCAACAACAGCAUGUACACCAGGGAGGACUGCCUGUACGUGUGCCAACAGGACCACACGCGUCGCAUGUGCGGCUGUGAGAACCGCGACCUGCCCACCACGUCGAACAGGCGGGGCGGCAAAACAUACCCCAUCUGUGAAGAGUCGCGGGAGCAGUGCCUCAGGGAAGUGCAAGUCAUCAUGAACCUGGAGUCGAUAGAGAAUGUGUGCAGGUGCCACCGGUCAUGCGUAAACCUAGAUUACCACAGAGAGGUCUCACGAACUGCACUGCCAGAGUCUUUCAUGGCUGGAUCGGAUGGCAGGAAAAGGGCCUUGGCUCGCAUUAGGAUAUACUUCACGAGAGACACCUACCUCAAGGUCACGUCCGUGCCGAAGUACGACGGAGCUCGAGUGGUGAGCAGCUUUGGAGGUAUCAACGGCAUGUACCUGGGCGUGUCCUUCUUCGUUCUCUUCGGAAUGUUCGAGACCCUGGUGCGGGCCGUACGGCUGCUCUGGCGAAGGCCUUCUGGCACCUCGCGUCGCCGCUCGUGGGGACACCGAGGAGGCCGACAUCCAGACGAGAAACAUGGGGUGCAAGGGAUCUCGCUCCUCACCGGUGCAACCAAGGACAGGGCAGCGUUCGACGACUAUCAAGUCCUGCCAACCAAGUUCCGUGGGGGUGACUUCCGCUCCCGUAUUCCUUUGCCCCGCUUCCGGGACAGUCAUUUCCAGCAAAAUCGAUGGAAGAACCGGGAUCACGUGACGGGGUUCCUAUCCGGACAACGCGAACAGCAACAUCAUCCCGCCUUCAUGCCGCUGGCCGUGCUGCCCGCCCUGCUGCCUAGAACACGGCGGCAGUACGUCGAGGAGCGUGGUCUUCGUAAUUAAUAUUCUGGAAACCCUG